AUGCCAGACACUGUGAAAUCAGUGCCACUAUUCUAUGGCGACUAUGGAGGGAAUGAAAACCCAUCAGCAUGGUUUGCUCAAUUCGAGCUAUUACUCCCCAUAGCCUGGACAGAUACACAGUGUGUCCAACGGUUCAGUAUGCAGCUGACACCAGGAGAAGUCACAGAAGAAUGGUACCAUAACUUAACAUCCUUACAUCUCAGCUCAUUCACCAAUCUCAAACAUGAGUUCUUCAAAUGCUGGCCACCUCCUAAGCGCCCUAAGCUCACACAAGCACAACAGAAGGAAUGCAUUAUGGCACAAGUGUUAAAGGAGGAAGAAAUUGGAGUAUGGACGCAAGAAGGAAGAACGGGUAACUAUGCGCAUGUAACCUGGGUGCUCAACAUUUCAUGUUUAGCGAUGGGAAUGGGUGAUGUGGAUGGUACAAUGAUUGAGUACGCACUGGAGGGUAUCCUGGACUUGUUGAAAGACCACCUCAAGUGUGUCUACAACUCAUGA